AUGGCAUCCAGCACAUCCAACGCACCAAAAAGCCAAGCCCAGUCCGAGCCGCCAAACCCCCAAGAGCAGUCCCCAGACACCCAGCAGCAGUCCUCCCCAGCCACCCAAGCACCACUUCCCCUGCCCGAGCCUUCCUCCGCCGCAACCCAGAUCAGCGUCAACGGCGAGGGCGUCAAGCUGGACCACCUUGGCCCGCUUGUUGUCAACAAGGACGGUUCGCUGUCGCGCAUCGCGAACUGGGAUAGUAUGGCCGAGAUCGAGAGGCAGAACACACUGCGGAUCUUGGGGAAGCGGAAUCAGCUGCGGCUGGGGGGGCUGAGGGGGGAUGGCAAGGAGUCAUAG